AUGAAACUUCUUCUUGCUCUUGUUGCGCUUUUUGCCGCCGUUGCUGCUACCGGCUAUGGAGUGAACACUGUCUCUCAGGAUACUAACACUGGAUACCAGAACAACGGCAGACAACAAGAUCCAGGAUACAACCACGUCUUCGACGACUUCGAUAUCCCGAGACGUCACCACAAGCGCCACCACGGACGUCACCACCGUGAUAGCUCUGACUCGUCCGACUCUGAUUCGCGUUCCUGGUCCCGUUCCGACAGCCGCGACUACUCCAGCGAAUACGUUUAUCUGCCAAGAAGUUAUGGAGCUCAAAAUCCUCCAUCAUACGGAGCUGCUUCCAAUGAUCCUCCAGCUCAGACCGCUUAUGGAGCACCAGCUCAAGACUCUGGAAACGGAUAUUGA